GAGAAGUAACCUGGUUUCUUUUCUUGAUUUUCCUUCAGGGGGCAUUUUGUGGCCUUUUGGUUGGCAUGGUGAUAGGCCUGAUCCGGAUGGUUUUGGAUUUCGUCUACCUGCAGCCGGGCUGUGGGGAGUCAGAUGACCGGCCAGCUGUGGUGAAAUACGUGCAUUAUCUCUACUUCUCCAUGAUCCUGGGAGUGAUCACGCUCAUCCUGGUGGUGGCUGUCAGCCUCUUGACAGAGCCCCCUCCGGAGGAAAUGAUCAGCCGUCUCACCUGGUUCACACGGAAGGAUGUUCCAAGAAAAACUGAUGUUCCGAUUCCCUCGUUAUCCAUUCCGGUCAAGGGAAUCCAUGAGGCUGGUCCUUCUCCUGCAGGGCAGCUGGAAAUCACGGAUGGCCCAGAAAACACCUUCCAAAACCAUUCAGGUCCUUUGGACACCAAGAGGAAGGAGUCUAAAUUCAUGAGCCUUUUUUUGUGGGUCUGUGGGAUGGAGAGCAGAGAUAAGGACUCGCCCGGGACCCCUGCUGAACCCAAAGCUGCAGUCACAGCCAUCCUUGAUGAAGCACCUCUGGUGAAGCACAUCCUCAACAUCAACCUGAUCUUGUGCAUCAGCGCGGGGGUCUUCCUCUGGGCCUACUUUGCGUAGCAUCGGACCCUGCCAGCCAUUGCAGAGAUGCUCUUAGUGCUUUUGGGCUUCCACCAUCAAGAACAAGGAGCAUCAAAGAGAAGAGGAAGUGACGAUCUUGCACAUUAUACAUUGUUUGGCUCCCAUAGGAAAAAUGGUAGAAUUGCGUGAAGAAUUCUGCUUUGGUUGGAUAAGGCAGCAAAGGGAAGCCUGAAGCCCUUUGUUAUAAACAUUGAACAUUUAGCACAUGUAAACCAAAACCAAAAGAACUUUGCACUUUUGACUGUUUUAUCCCCCAUGGAUGCUCUUGGACCAGAAUCAUAAACAAACAGCAUUCCCGGGAUUCAUGGAACUAAAAAAAAGCCAAUGGUGACAGUGUAUUUUUACUCAACUUGCUGUGUCUUCUUGGAAUACGGAAAACAUUUGAUAAAAAUCAGAUCUGGAUGGAAUUGCAUGCAAAAUCCUGCUGCAAGUUGGCUUGACAGCAGAACAUUAUUUGAAGAACAACCGUGUUGGGGCUGUUUUUCCUUACAGUCGCAGGGGUCUAAUGAUGGAUUUUGUCCCAAUUCUGUUUUGAAGCUCCCUGUCUUCUGUUUUGUCACAUUGUGGAACUUCACGGGCUGCCUGUGGUGUAGGAGCAAGGAAAAGAGUCAAGCCACCCCUCACCUAAUGUGGGGGGCAACGUUGCUGCAUGGUCAGGAUGGGAUCUGUUCCUUAGGCCAGUUCUCUUCGUGGACAUCUUCUCUGAGGACACUUUGAGGAACCUCAAAACCCCAAAGAAAAAGGGGUUGUUUGGGCAACUAUAUGCCAAGGACAUUUUGGUAGGCUGAUGCAAUUGACACGAAGACCCCUUGCUCUGUUAGGUGGAAUGUUCCCCCGAUUCAGCUCCAGGAGCCUCUAUAGCUCAGUGACCUAAGAGUGUCUCCCAGAGCCGGCAGGGAGGGUCCCAUCUGGGCAGGAAGUCCAGUCCACACUUAUGGCCCUCAUUCCUUUCAGUUGCUGGUCUAGACUGAUGUAAACCCCCAUGUUAAUUGCAGCAUGGUUGCAAUGACAUAUAGGGGCAAAGCCUAAUACCGUGUUUCCCCCCAAAUAUGACCUACUCAGAAAGUAAGUCCUAGCUGGAUAACCGGGGGGAAAAAGAUCCGCACAAGUGAGGAGUCAGUGGACGACAUCCCCCACCCAGAAAAUAAGACCUGGUGCCUUUUUUGGUGGCAAUAUAUAUGUAUAUGUGAUAGGGUCUUAUUUUCGGGGAAAUACAGUAGAGUGUGAUUAAGUUGGGAUUUCCAAAUCCAGACAUCUAAACCAUGGAUGGUGAACCUUUUUGGCAUCUAGUUCCCAAACUGGAAUGCGCAUGCAUCUGUGCGCCUUGAAGCGCCAGAAACCUGAAUACUAGCUGGCUGGUGCACGCAUGCAUUUUUGGGCGGUUUUCGCCGGGUCUUUGCCCAUCUCUUUGGGCUGCUUUCAGGUCAUUUCCGGCCCAAAAACCAGCCUGAAAAUGGCCCAAAAAAUUAUUGGAAAACAGCCGGAAACUGGCUGUUUGGGGGGCAUUUUCCAGCACCCGCAAACACCGGCUGGCUGGUAUGCACAUGUCUGUUUUUUGCCUUUUUUCAGGUUGGUUUUUGGGCCGUUUUCAGGCCGUUUUCCGGUGCUUCAAUGCCGGCCGGCAUGCUGGAAACCAGCAAAGCAGCUGGCGAUGGCACACAGGCCCAUAGGGAGGGUUCUCUGAAUGCCACCACAUAGGUUUGCCAUCACGGGUCCAAACCAUGGUUUGUGGCUAAGUGCAGAACAGUGUUGAGAAUAGCAACUUUCCUUAGUCCGAGCCUGGCAACGCAUCAUGCCUCGAGACUCUCAGGCACACAAAGGCCAAACACCACUUCCAUUUGCUUCCUGUUCAAGUGUGUUUGGCUCACAGGCAUUUAUUCUCAGGGGAAGGAAGUAAUGCUGAUGACAAAGAGUAUCAGGCCCUGAUAAAAAUGUCCCAUAGGAAAGUGUGGGAGAAGUUGGAUCUUUAACCGGAAAUGAAGCUAUGAAGGCAGGAUGAGAAACCCAAGGGCUUCCCCAUCACAUCUCUGCGGGCAGCACCAGAAAGGGCUGUGGUUCCCUCAUGUCCAGCAAGGGAUCAUGUGGGCAGCCUCCUCUUCCUGGGUGCAAAAAUACAAAAUGUAUUGUUUACAUACUUUGCAAGUAAUGACAGGUUUUUCGUGGUGUUUAACAACGUCUGUGUUGCUAUUUAUUAUUCUGAAUGGAAGGAGGGACCUCUGCAGACAUGCAGCUCUAUCCCUGGGUUCUGCUGGUUCCCCUUGGGUCAGUUUUCUUCUCAAGACGCCCCUAAGCCUACUUCAAGUCUAUGUUUACCAGAUCGGACGUCCUGCAGGAAGGCUACACCAUGCCAUUCUCUUUCCUUUUGGCUGUUGCAGGAGGAGCUCUAGAACAAUAAAUACAUACA